AUGCCGCCCGCACGCCCCAUCCUGCACGCCAUUGGCAGUCCCGCCUUCAUCUACGGCACCGCCUGGAAAAAGGAUGCCUCGGCGAAGCUUGUCGCCGACGCUUUGGCCGCGGGUUUCGUGGCCGUCGACACGGCUGCCCAGCCGCGCCACUAUCAAGAGCAUCUCGUCGGCGCCGGCAUCCGCGAUGCCCUCAAGGCGAAUGGCCUCGCACGAGACCAGAUCUAUGUUCAAACAAAAUUUACAUCGCCAGCCGGCCAGGACCUGAACAACAUGCCCUACUCGCCCGAGGAUCCCAUCGCCACCCAGGUGCACACCUCGGUCAAGUCGUCACUGCUGAAUCUGCGCCCGACUGACGACGAGAGCGGCUCCGGAGCUUCGUACAUCGACUGCCUGCUGCUCCACUCUCCGCUGCCCAACAUCCGCCAGACGCUUGAAGCGUGGAGGACGCUGGAGACGUACGUGCCGCACAAGAUCCGCCAUCUAGGUAUUUCGAACGUGUCGCAACCCAUCCUCGAGGUGCUCUAUCGGAGCUCGACGGUCAAGCCUGCUGUGGUGCAGAACCGCUUCUACGCCGCCACCAGCUACGAUGUGUCUCUCCGCGAAUUCUGUCGCGAGAACGGCAUCGUCUAUGAGAGCUUCUGGACGCUGACGGGCAAUCCCCAGCUGCUGCAGUCGACUCCUGUAUUCAUGCUAGCUCAAUUUGCCGGCGUCAGUGCUGAGGUUGCACUGUAUGCCCUGGUCAUGGCCGUGGAUGUCGUCGUCUUGAACGGCACCACCAACGCCGAUAGGAUGAAGGAAGACCUGGAGGGCAUCAAGAAGGUCCAGGAGUGGACUAAGACGAAAGAUGACACCUGGAAUACUAUUCUAGGGGACUUCAAGCACAUGAUUGGAGACGGCGAGGAUAUGGACGAGUAA